AUGGAGUUCUGCGUUGAGAUUCCUGCCUUUUCUCCUCCUAAGCAUGCAACCACCAUUCCCUAUGGAACCGAGUGGCGCGAAGAGUUGACGGGCGUACAGUUGGUCGAUGCCCACUUUCCCAGAGUACGCAGACUCCGUGCUGGUUGGAAGCUCGUUCCUGAGGAGCCGACGUCAGGGAAAUUAAUUUGUUCCCCUCACCAUCUCAAGAACAUUCCUUUCGUUCUCGACGAGCCCACGGUUGCCACCAUCCAAAACGCGGCGAAAGAGCUUAAAAAGAGCACAACCCCACACUGGAUCCAUUUUUAUACUGCAGGAUCGGGAUUUUACCUCCAAAUGAGAUCGAACACCCACAUCGACUUUUGGACUCUAUCAGAGAUAGCUGCGACCGAUUAUUAUCGACAGAGGCUGUCGACGAUGAUUGCAUGGCUCAAUGGACCCGUGAAAUCGAUCAACACGGAUCUCUACACAUAUCUCAUAACGUUUCUGGAGACACAUAGAUUGCAAGACAGCCUCCCCAAGCCCCUGGAUUAUCAGGCCAUCUUGAGUUUUGCCGGCAAUCAGUGGUUGAGCGGCGAGGCCCUGGAUGGAAUCGCAUGUUAUUUCCAACGCGAAUUGGGUAUCAGCCCACAAGGACAACGCACCUUGUUCGUCGCCUCAUCAACGAUACAGCACUGGACGUGGCAAUGGAACAUCAAUCGAACAAUCGAGAAGGACAAGAAGGUUACAGCUUUUUUCGAGGCGGGGCGUCCAGAUAGAGUGUAUGCUUUUGCACUCAUCCGGAGCAAUCAUUGGAUCUUUUACCGAAUCGACGCUGUUGCCCGAACCUUGUCAGUUGGUGAUAAGUCUAGCGCCAAGCUGGAUCAUCUAAAGUAUGCUGAAACUACCGGGGCUAUCAAGGCCUUUGUUAAGUUAUACUUUCCUACUUGGAAGGAAAUCGACAACGCCCCUCUUGCCUUUAUCAAGGUGCCCAGACAGGAUGGGGUCUCGUGUGGAAUUAUUGCCGCAUUUGCAGUCGAACAUGACAUUCUCUUCAAGAACGGGUGCCAUGGAUGGGAGGAAAAGAACAUUCCGAUUUAUCGAACCGCUUAUUUGGCGCGGGUCAUAGGCUAUGAAAAGGCGCAAGGCUUCCCCCUCUUGACCAUCAAGUCUGCACCCAAGUCAGGUGAUGGUGUGGAGGAGACGAGCGGUAACGAUACGAUGGGAAAAGGAGGCAAAACUCACGGCGAGGACAAGGAUGACAUGAAUGGCGAGAGCAAGGAGGAGAUGAACGAUGAGAGCAAAGAGAAGAGCAAAGCCGCUGACGAUGAAAGCAAAGACGUGCAAAAGACCAGGCAGUGCUCUGAGGAUACUACCCUAAAAUACAAGUCGGUUCAAUCUGCUCACCAAAGGGCCUCCGUUUCCCCAAUGGUCUGGGGUUUGGAGACAGAGAUUGACUUACUUCGUUGUGGCAAUCGCCAACUUUGUGACAUGGGACGAUCCGCUAUACAAUGGCAAAGAACCGAUGAUCGCAAGGACCAAAACAAUGGCAAGGAAAUGAGCGGUAGCGAGGACUGGGACUUUAUGGAUGAGGACAAUAACCUUUCGGAUUCAAACACAGACUCGGGGUCCGAUCUUCCAUCAUUCGAGGAUGUGAUAAAGAGCCGUGCUGUCCCCACCAGAGACCUGUCCACUAUUAUCAGACCAUACACCGUCAACAUUCCUGAGACGCUAACCACCAAAAAACCAGCCGCUACCAGUAUGCCUGCCGCGUCCACUAGUACCGAGUGCAAGGUUCAGGAGGAUUGCUUGAAUCCGACUAUUCUUAAAGUGUACGCUCACGGAUCAAUACUGAAUACGGACCAGCUGAGACUGGCCGACGAAUGGGAACCACACGAGGGUGACAUUUUCCCGCACUCAGAGACUUUGAUCGACUUUGUCAAGGACUGGGGCUGGAGCAGAAACGUCGACAUCAAAGUUCGUUCCUCGAACACGACCAGUCCUGAGAAAGGUCUCCAUGAGAAUCAGGCCCGCUUGGCGCCUCUCCAAGAUCAGGUCUCUUCAACACAAUGGUCACCAGCCUAG